GGCCAUAAGGAAAACUGAAGCAUACACACAGGUGCCCAUGGCGGGCUGGGCCCUAUGUAUGGCCCUGCUGCUGGCAGCACUAGCAGGGGCAGAGGGGGAGAGCCGCUAUGAGAAGUUCCUGCGGCAGCAUGUGGACUACCCCCGGACACCCUCGCUUGCAGCACACCGCUAUUGCGAGACCAUGCUGGCCCGCAGGCGAGUGACAGCCCCAGGCCGGCCCUGCAAGCCCUCCAACACCUUUGUGCACGCUCCAGCAGAGGACCUGGUGGCUGCCUGUACUCAGACGCCUGACGCAACAGGGUUCCACAGCACCUCGGUACCCAUGGACCUCACAGCCUGCCGCCUGCGUGGGGGUGACACCCGACCCCCUUGCGCCUACCGGGCCCGGCAGGUCCAGCACCACGUGCGUGUCGCCUGCCUUAACGGGCUGCCUGUGCACCUUGCUGGCACCCAUGCACCGGCAGCUUAGUGAGGCUCAGUGUGGUGGAGCUGCAGAUGGGGAUGUGGAUUCUCCCUCCCCCUGGGGCCCCCAUUAGGACCUGCAAUAAAGGAGAUGCCAGAGGCCUGGCCUCUGGUAUCAGCU